UUUAGAAUUCCGGUUUACAGUGUGCUGCCGGUGAUAAAGUUGAUCAAAGUAUCCCAUCAUUGUAAAAAUUUAAUGUUUAAAUAAAAUGUCUUUUUCAAUGGAUAGUGCCCCAUCAUUAGAGCUUGUAAACCAGGCUUUGCAAGCUCUAUAUAACAAUCCAGAUGUCACCGGCAAAGAGAAGGCGUCAGUUUGGCUUGGUGAAUUGCAAAAAUCCGUGUUUGCUUGGCAAGUCGCUGACCAGCUGCUCACUUUAAACCAAAGCUUGGAAUCCUGUUAUUUCGCUGCACAAACCAUGAGAACAAAAAUUCAGUACGCCUUCCAUGAACUACCAGCAGACUCCCAUCAGUCACUACGAGAUUCACUUCUUGAACAUGCUUCUAAAAUAGCUCCAGGGACACCACCAGUUAUAGUGACACAGCUGUCAUUAGCACUGGCUGACCUUGCACUGCAAAUGGCAACAUGGAAGUCGGCUGUUUUAGAUUUUGUUGAAAGAUUUAGCAAAGACCACCUGGGUUUUUUAUUGGAAGUACUUACAGUUUUGCCGGAAGAGAUUAGCAGCCGCUCGCUCCGUCUUGGUGCUAACAGACGCAAGGAAGUCACAGAAGAGCUGAUAGAAGCCAGCCCAACCAUCAUACAACUUCUUACUCACGUGAAUACAAGUGCCUGUGGAGACGAGGAGCGGGACCAGAGAGUCAGAAGUAAGACCUACAAGGUGAUGGGGAGCUGGUUCUCAGUGGGCGCUAUACCUCAGCAAGUCCUGCUCUCAACACAACUAAUGAACUAUCCCUUUCAAGCUUUGGCUAAUGUUAAUUGUCCAGCAUUUCUCCAUGAGGCAGCCACUGACUGUGUAUGUUCUGCAUUGUACUGUUCAGAGGAUUUGGAGCGUUAUCAUGAACUAGCCCAGAGACUUUUCCAGGGUGUCAUGACUCUAGUACCUGCAUAUCACGAAGCUGAUAAAGAUGAAGAGUCUGACAAAUGUUUAAAUUACUGUAGGAUAUUUACUGAACUGAGUGAGUCUCUCUUUCAUAUGCUUCUUGCUACACCAAACCAGGGUCUAGGUACAUUUCAGCUGUUGGAUCUUCUGCUGAUGUGUGUCAAUCACCACCUGUAUGAAGUCAGUGAAGUUACCUUUAAUUUCUGGUACAGGCUUUCGGAAGAGCUCUAUCAAAGAAACAGUCAAGAAAUAACAGAUCUUUUCAAACCUUACAUACAGAAUUUAGUGCUAGCCCUGUGCCAGCAUUGUCACAUGGAUGAAGAUCAUGAAGGAAUUCCAGAUGAGUCUGGCGACUUCGGAGAUUUUCGAGUUCGAGUGUCAGAGCUAAUUAAAGAUGUCGUUUUUAUUGCUGGUUCUUCAUCUUGUUUUGUACAGAUGUUUGAAAGUUUAAAAUCCCCAAAGAACCCAUCCUGGGCCGUGUCAGAAGCUGCUUUGUUUAUUAUGUCUGCAGUGGCUAAAAACAUUUUACCGGAAGAGAAUGAAAUAGUCCCUCAGGUUGUUGAAGCCAUUCUCGCUCUACCAGAGACAACCCAUGUGGCUGUCAGAUACACAAGUAUACAGUUGUUGGGGGAGCUGUCAGAAUGGAUAGAAAGUCAUGCGCAGUUCUUAGAUGUUAUACUGCAAUAUCUCCUGGCUGGCCUACAGCAGCCGGUGCUUGCUUCCAUCGCAGCCAACUCUCUCCAGAGCAUCUGCACGCAGUGCAAGGAUCAGAUGACCAAUCAUUUUGACGGCUUAAUGCACAUAGUCAGAGCCAUGGAGUCAUUUAACUUGUCCCCGGAUGCUGCCCUUGGGCUACUCAAAGGUACAGCCACAAUACUAGGAAGGCUUCCCUACGCCAACAUAGGCUCAGCUUUGAGUCAGUUGUGUGCCAGCCAAAUAGGACCACUGGAGCGGUUACUAAAUGAAGAGAGCGGUCCAGUAAGACAAGGUAGUGCUAAUGACCCAGUCAUUUGGUUGGAUCGCCUAGCUGCUAUAUUUAGGCACACCAACCCAUCAGUUUCCAAUGGGCAAACACAUCCAUGUCAAGGUGUUGUAGUAGAGGUUUGGCCGGUGUUGUCAAGGUCCUGUGAGAAGUAUCAGUCAGACGUCCGUAUCAUUGAGAGGUGCUGCCGGUGUAUUCGCUUCGCCAUCCGGUGCCUGGGUAGAAACUCUGCCACGCUGCUAACCCCUCUAGUCACACAGAUGGUGGGCUUGUAUCAAACACACCAGCAUUCUUGUUUCCUCUACCUGGGCAGUAUUUUAGUGGAUGAAUAUGGAAAGGAAGCAGGGUGUGUACCAGGCUUGUUAGACAUGUUACAAGCUUUUUGUGGCCCUACCUUUAAAAUAUUAGAAGAACACAACGGUUUAAGGAAUCACCCUGACACAGUGGACGACUUGUUUAGGUUGUGUUUAAGGUUUAUUCAAAGAGCACCUGUACCUUUCUUGCAAAGUGCCCUGGCUAAACCAAUCAUGUGUUGUGCAAUAGCUGCCUGUUCUCUGGACCACAAAGACGCUAAUGCUUCAGUUAUGAAGUUCUUGUCGGACAUGAUCAAAUGUGUCAGAGAAAAAGAGGACCGAGAUGACUUUGAGGUUCGACAUACGCUGGUGAAAAAACUUCUAGAAGAACAUGGGCAAUCUUUAGUAAUAGCCCUGAUCAAUGCCUGUUUGUUUUGUCUCCCUACAUUUAUGUCAGCAGACGUCAGUGAAGUUUUGUAUGAGCUGAUGAUUAUUGACCGGCCUAUGUUUUGUCUAUGGCUGGAACACACAUUAAAGGCUUUACCAACAGAGAGUAGCGGAGGUGCCAUCACUGCCACCAAGAAACAGUUGGCUGACUUCCACAAGGCUUGUACCAGUGCCGAAGACAUCAAGCAAGUCAGCAGCUCUGUACGAGACUUUUGCCGCCUCUACAGAUAGUUGUCAUCAUCGCCCCCAUUGUCUGUGAUACUGUGUGUGCGCGCUAUAAGCCUUGGCUGUCCAGCUCUCUGGAACUCAUUAUUUGUACAUUUCUCCAUGACUCUUCACGGCUGUCUGACAGCUUACGCAUCAACCUUUUGUUAGUUAAAUUAUCAAACUAGCUCUCAUUUUAAAAACAUUUCUGUUUUAAUUCAGUUACCUCCCUUGCUAGUAUUUAUUAAUUGUACAUAUUUCUUAAAAGAGUUCGUAUGACCUUUGUUUAUAUGACCUUCCCACGCUAUAUUUUGAAUAUUUUAUUAGCUCAUUCACUGAUGUCAUGUAGUGUUGGCAUCUCCAUAUGUCAUGUGGAUGACAUUUAAUACCAAGUAUUACUGUUAAUGAUGACAUGUAGCCUUACUUUUGAAAUACUGUUCAAUAAUUUAUUUGUUUCUUCCAUUUUGUAUUCAUGCUGCUGUAUACCAAUACUGCAAAACUAACUGGUGGGGUGGGCAUUGGGAUAGGGAGAUGUAUUAAUUUUGCUGUCAUUCUAGCAGGAGAAAGGGAGACAACAAAUAUUAAUUUUGCUGUUGUUCUAGCAGGAGAAAGGGAGAUAACAAAUAUUAAUUUUGCUGUCAUAAUUUAAUGACCUUGUUAUUUGGAUUGAAUGUGCAAUAGUGUGUCUGCCUGCUUGUAUGUAAAUCAUAGCCACCCAAGCCUUUAACAGUUGAUAAUGAACAAGGAAGUUUGAAAAUUCCCUUGUGCUUUUAUCUUUAUCCCAGACCAUACAACUUUCUCGAAUUUUGAGGGAAUAGUAAACUCAUUGCAUAUGUAUGUAUUUUGAGCUCUAUUCAGAGCCGGUAACAGUUUAUUUGAAUUGCAUUUAAAUGCAUUGAAUAUAGUUUUAGAAGCCAGCAGCUGCUGUCUUAGUGUUGCUGGAGUUAAUUUGAAUACUUGCUGCCAACUUAUGCAUUGUCUCUAGGCAACACAUAUUACCUUUUCUUGAACCAAGUUUGAAUAGAACAAACGUUUUUUACAUUUUUAACACUGUAUAAAUUUUUUUUUUUGACUUUCUGUUACCGGUACUAAAAUGUAACACAGAAGCAGACUUAAGUCUCUGCUGCUAAAAAAAAAUAUUUUGAAAAAACCUUGAAGCCUAUGUUUACCUAUUGAAUGAUCUACUAGUACUGGUCAUGGCAAAGAAAUAAUUUACGAGUUGGGUCUUUCCCCAUGAUGGUCUUGUAUGAGCAUUACGCCAGCAUGAGCAGUUAAUCUAUUGGUAAUUCUUUUGUGAAAUGAUAUUUUCUUGAAGAUUAUGACCACUGACUGAUUGGACUUUAAUAUGUACUUACAAAUCCUUCUGGACUUUGACCAAAAAAUUGAAGUAACAGAACACUGGGUCAAGUAUUUGCAAAUCUUUUUUUUUGAAUGCUAAAAGAAUUGCUGUCAAGUUACAACAUUUUUGAGUAUGUCCAAGAUCAUUGUCUCAAAGAAAGCUGAUUUAUAGAUAAUUAUUUUUAAGAUAAAACCUUACCAUGAAUAUAAAAAUGUAAAGUAGAUAGCAAGGUUUCCCCUUUCAGACAUCUAUCUAUGGAGCAGACGAUGUAAAGGUUAUCUGUUUCUCUCGCUGAUGGUUAACGGAGCCAGAGUGUCAUGUGGCCAGCACAAAGACCAAUGGCCAUUACUUUCUACAACUAAUGUCAGGUACACAUCAGAGCUCGGUGGACUAAAAAAAUUCAAAACCCCAGCCGUCACCAAGAUUCUAACCAGAGAGCCCACAGUUUGGUUCUCUCUAACACUCAGCCCCGUGCUCCCCAUGAAUGUAAAAAUACAUGAAUGUAAAAAUACAUGAAUGUAAAAAUGUACAGUUGAUAUUAAAGCGUCAGAUUGACCACUAUAGAGUUUACACAAAUAAGACCAUGCUUUAUCUUCUCAGCUCUGACAGUUGAAGUGGAAUACUCUUCAUUAGACAAAUCUUAAAUAUUUGAUUAUUCAAAUGGUUUGAACCUCCCCCCCCCCUUUUUUUUUUCUUGUAAAUAAUCUAAGUCCAGACAAGAAAUAUGCAAAUGAGUAUAGAUCACUUCAUGUUAGUCACUCAAGGACUCUUUCCUGGAAAGAGAAAUAAUCCAUUUAGGUUUUUAGUGUACUUAGUUUCUACAUUAGGUUUGUUUGUUUCUUAAUGCUUUGUACAGAAACUCACCACAGCAUCCACAUCAUGCCACCACAUCAUGUCACCACAUCAUUGUUUGCUCAACAUCUUCAUGAAUAAACUUUACAAUCUCA